CACAAACACACAGAUACACACAAGCUCAGAGGGCAGCAGCAGUUCACAGACACAGCCGAAACACUGUUGACGGGUUGUUCCUCUGAGUUUUGUGUGGUUAUUCAUUAUUUAUAAGACUUUGUUUAUUUGUUUGUCUUGCCAUAAUAACUGAGCAGCAGGAUGUCAGGGCAAAACAGUGACCAGUUACACCGCUCCACACUGAGAAUUUACUUGACUCUUAUGGAUCAGUUUAAUCCAAGCUUACAGAGGCUGGUCGCAUUGGGAAAAAACUACAUCCAGGCUUACCAAGCUCUAGCUGUGACCAGUGAAGCCUAUUUCAGUGCUCUUGCUAAGAUAGGAGAACAGGCCAUGCAGACUAUGUCGUCUCGUCUACUGGGUGACAUAUUAAUACAGAUUUCUGAGAGUCAGAGGAGACUUACCAGCGAGCUGGAAGGAGUGUUCCGCUGGUUCCAUAAUGAAGUACUUCUGGAAAUGGAGAAUAAUGUCAGGCUGGACAAAGACUACAUCUCAGGCAGUAGGAGGAACUAUGAAAUGGAGGUGAGAAACCAAGCAAUGGCUUUAGAGAGACAGCUGAGGAGAGGUGGUUCACAGGAUGGUGGUGAAUAUGUGCAGUUCCUAAGGGAGAGUCAGAGAGAGGCGCUGAAAGAAGAAGAGAGGAGAUAUCGCUUUCUGGCCGAAAAACACUGUGGACUCACUCAGUCUAUAGUGUAUCUGAUGAACAAGACAGGGGGCGCUCUGCAGCAGAGAGCAGAGGGAUGGAGGGAGCAAGUGAGUCAAACAAGAGUGUCCCAUCCACGCACUCCAUCACGACUGGAGGAUAAUAUGUUUGAAGAUCAGUCUCGUGCUUUGGCUGAACAGCCUUUAGGCAGAGCGCCUUCCAGAGGCCCGUCUCCUCAGCCUGCUCGCUCCCGCUCUAGUUCAUUUGGAGAGUCUCUGGGAUUAGGUGGAGGUAGGGUGAUGCAAGCAUUGGUGCCUCACCCAACCUCCUCUAACCCCACCCUACUGUCGUUCUCCAGAGGAGAAAUGGUCACUGUGCUUGUGCCAGCACCACGGAAUGGCUGGCUCUACGGCCGCUCGGAAAGUUCCUCACGCCAGGGCUGGUUUCCUGCUGCAUAUGUUGGCCCUAAUGAGGACACACCUAGACCACCUGACCCCAGUAUCAGCUCACUCAGAAGCAGCAGCAGCAUGAGCAACCUUCUCGACCAAUCAACAAGCAGCAGAAGCAAUGCGCACCCACCCCCUCCUCCUCCGCCACUUUCACAAAUGAAAUCGAACAGCUUCCAGCCUGUCACACCUACUUCUGCAGAAAGCAAAAGACAAGAAGACUUUAGACCACGACCAGAGCUUUUUCCCAGAGGUACAAACCCUUUUGCCACGGUGAAGCUGAAACCCACAACAACCAAUGACAGAUCAGCCCCACGCAUAUUCUAACCUGCCAUCCAAUGAGAGAUCAGCUGACUUCAUCUAAAUGCAAUACAUCAUAAGUUGGCCGCACACAUGCUGCUCUGUAAUGAGACAAAGCUGCUGUAGCAGCUUUAUACUGAGAUAAUUUUUGAGUGUCAUAUAGGAAAAAGAUUGCUAUGAAGGGUUUUGCUGGUUCAGCCUAAGAGUUUUGAAGGCUUAGAGAGAAUGAGUGAAAAGAAAUACUUAAGAUAGGACUAAGAAGGAAAAAAAGGAUAGCAAGUGAAAUCUUUUCAAAUGGAUAUACUGUAUCAUACUAUUUCAUACUAUGAGGUUGCUGUUAGGACAUUUUAGGACUAUUCAAUCUAUUUCUAGAAAUAGAAAUGUGAUUAAUUCCAUGACAAUAAUUCUAGGGAGCUGAGUGGGUGUAGGUGCAAGUUUCGAACUUCAUUGAAACAUACAGGAACACUGGAUAAUACGAAAUUAAACAAAACACAGAAUUGGGGUCAAACAAAGCUCAAACAGAAACCUAUGAAUGACUAUGGAAAAAUAAAAACUGUCAGAAGGGCUUCCUACUGUCUGACUGACAAACUGGAGCUUUAAAUACAGCUUAAAUUUUGGUUUUCUCUGAACCCAACCAAACCACAUCAUCAACUUUAGAAUAUAGUAAAAUAAAAUUAUUGGUCCAGAAGUAAGUUAAUAUUUGGUGUUAACAAAUGUAUUCAUCAAGAAUCAUUCCAAACAUUUUCUAAAGAUGAACUUUUCAUAAUAUGCUGUUCUCCUGCUGUACACAGUGUACAGCUAGAUGAUAACGUUCUCCUAGUUAAGUCUACCUUUGUUUUUUUUUUUUUGCAAAGAACAUAUAGCAUGUUAAGCAUAUAUCAUAAAACAUCUUUACAAACAAAUUAAACACCCUAUAGGCUGCACUGCUUCAUAUUCUAUUUUAUGACCUGUGCAUCCAUUUUCUCACAAGCGUGGACCUCAGUAAAUUCUGUCAUCAGCACAAAUGGGUGACUUCAUCAUGUCAGAUUAGAAACUGUUGUAAUAUAAUAAAUAUAGAGUUAUGCAAUUUUUUUUAUUUACUUUUAAUAGUUAAAACAACACAUCUGGACACAGAGGUGUAAGUGCUUACAGGGGCCACCAAGUGGCGUAACUGUCUAAGCACCUGGUCUAUAAUAAGGAGAUUUUUGAUUUGAACCCUGGCCUGAACUGGGACCCCAGAAAAUGCCUACUGUGUGUUAGAAAGACUAGGUGGGAUUUUCAGUGGUGGGAAAAUUGACAAAAAAUGUUAAUAUAAAUAUAACCUAUAUUGUUUACCUACUGAGAGGCAGUACUAAAAAGUAGUUCUAGUGCCCUAGAAAUUAUGCUGUAAAGUCUAAUUAUGUUUCUAUUACCUGUGCACGUUGCAAGCGCUAAACUGAAAAUGCAUCAAAAAUGUUUGUGAUUUUUGGUGCCCAGCAGCUUGUUAUGGCUUUUUGUACUAAAAAUACUUUACCUAAUGAAGGAAUUUCCUGCAAAAAAAGUUGUAUAACUUUUUUUAUAUUAUAUGACAGCAGAGAUAUUUCCAUCUCUGCUGUCAUGUAUGUCACAGCUUUGGCUUCCCUAACAUUACCAUAACUUUCUGAUAAGGAUUGUUUUUUAUAAAUUGAUUAAAUUUUUUUACUAACAUUCUUACAGUGCCUUUUUUUUUAAUGGUAAUCAAUUUGCAAGAGAUCAUAUUUCUCGACUACAGAGCUGUUUGAACUUUUCUGGACAUCUCACUUUGUAAGAGCUGAAAAUUGGCAGGAUUCCUUAUCUCCUCAGUCCAGCUAUGCCUAUACAUUUAUGCAUAAAUGCGUUAUCCUCCACCAUUCCAGACAUCAACAAACAAUUUAUCUGAUAAAAUUACACACAACUUAUGUUGUACCUGUAGGAACUGGGGCAUAGACAAGGUGGACAGGUGGAGGUGUAGUGGAGAAAGAACAGGAGGCCCGUACAGCGGGUGAAGCUUGGCUGGGUAAACUGUCAAACUGGAAAAUGAACUUACUGUACUUUAAACAUUACUUCAUAAAAUAAGUAGGAUAAUUUUACUUGACAAGAUAAUGAAAAAUUUAAAAAUGUCUACAAAAAGCUUGAAUAAUCUUAUUCUUAAAUCUCAUAAUAAUAAAUUAGACAUAUUGUCUGUGUUUAACAUGUUUCAGCUUGCUAUGGAAUCACUUUUUACAUUGUGGGGGGACGCAAUUUUUGCAUGAAUGUAAUGUAGUACUGUUCUGUAAAAUGACUAUUUUGAUUAUUCCCUCUAUUUUUAAAUAUGAGAAAGCACUUUUAAAACAUCUCAGGUUUUCUUUUUAAUAUAUAAUAUUUUAUGUUACCUUAUGUUUUCAGUUUGAUUGGUUUAAAAAUGACCAUAAGGCCAUUUAACAGCCAUGAAUCACAGAUAUUGAUAGCCACUUAAGUCAUUCUGAGACUGGUCAUUAAACACCAUUUCAGUGCUGUGAACAUACUGGAGUCCUUGACCUCCUUAAUGAACUUUUCACAUCAUUUCUCCUGCAUGUUUGAGUUUCCACUGAAGGAGAUGAAGCUCUGUGCCAAUGGGACGUGCUGUCAGAGGGGAUGUUCUGUCUAAAGGUCUUUAGAGUGAAUUCUGUGUUUGACCUUGCCACUAAUUGGUGUGACCUUCUUGUAAUGUGUCAGAAUUGCUAGGGUUAAGCUUCACUUCUGCCUCCAAGCCCUCUUAAUUCUGCCAUCUCUGCUGGUACUUAUAAGCUUCUGACAACCUAGAGGCUAUUCUACAUGUCGCUUCAUAUUAUUAUUAAGAUGUAUUUACUUGUUAUUGUUUGUUUUUGCUGUGUUGUGGACUUAAGAGCAGCUAUUAAUGAUAAACAACACAAUAUAUAUAAUACAUAAUAAUCUAUCUAUAAAUGAUUAUAUUGACUAGCAAUAAAUCUAAUCACCUUAAAGUUAACCACAUCCUCUGUGUUUCUUAUAUUUUACUUUUUCCCACUUGGCUUUGCUUCUGAUGUCUGUGUUGGUCUAUGUACCAGUCAUUUUUACUUUUACACUUUUUUUCCAACCUCUAUUUGAAUUCAAAAGGCUGAUUUUGUCACUCUUCCUUUCAGAUUGUUGUAUGUAAAUAUGCUCUGUUCUGAUUGGCUGCUUUAUGUUUAUAUUACACCUCAUUCUAAAGCAGUCCAGGCUGAAACAUUCCAUAUAGCAUCAGCAUGAGUGGGUGGGGCGUAACUGCUAUGUUUAAAUUGUUGUUUUUUGUGACUUCAUAAAAACAGUUAACUUAAAACCAGCUAUUUAGUCCAUAAAGAGAUAGUUUACGAGUUUGGUGAGGAGGAACUUCAGUGGCCUGCACAGAGCCCUAACCUCAACCUCACUGAAAACAUUUGAGAUGAAUUGGAAUGGCAAUUGUGAGCCAAGCCUUCUCAUCUAACGUCAGCGCCUAACCUCACAAAAGCUCUUUUGUCUAAAUGGUGACAAAUUCCCCCAAACACACUCCAAAAUCUUAUGGAAUGCCUUUUUGGAAGAAUGGAAGCUGUUGUAGCUGCAAAGGGGGACCAACUUCAUAUUAAUGUCUAUGGUUUGGAAAAGAGAUGUCAAACAUGGCCAUACGUGCGAUGGUCACUUACUUUUGGCCACAUAGUUUGUUAUCUUAUUUUGUGUCGAGGGCUUUUCUGCAAUUUCUGCUAAUUAUAUGUUUCCAGCACUGUACAGUUUGCUGCACUGUACUUAUUAAACAGAUUAAAUAAACAAAAGGGUGGUCUCCUACUUUUGCACUGUACUGAAUACCCCAAGCAUAUGUAUUCAAACUGAGACAUUCUCAAUAUGGCAUAUGGCAAGAGCUUCUAAAUCAACUGGCAACAACAAAGGUGGAGGCGUCUGCUUUUUAAUCAACAACAGAUGGUGCGCUGACACUGGCACUCCCAAAAUCUGCUCGUAACAUGGUUUUUACCCACAAUCCAGUGUGUAGAAUCGUAACAAGUGAUGUGGAUUAGAUGAAACGGGGAGAAGGUUUUGGUUCAGUGCUGUUGCACUGCCAAUGAGUAGCACAAUCUGCUGCCCACAGAUUUAUGUUCUGCUAAA